CGAUGCUUCGUUCGUUACAGCAGAAUUAUUCAUUCAUUGCCGGCUUUGCUUUCUCGCGGCUGCAUCUCGAUCCGCGUGAUGAUGUGGUUAUUACACAUGCGCGUGCAGGGGCCGACAAGGGGCGGGCGAAGGGCAAUGCCGGCACGAAGGAGCUCUCGGUUCUCAGGGACGCCAAUGGCAACGCGCUCGCGGCGCAGACCUUCACCUUCCGCCAGCUCACGGCCGCCACCAGGAACUUCAGGGACGACUGCUUCAUUGGGGAGGGAGGUUUCGGACGCGUCUACCAGGGACGUCUUGAUGGAGGCCAGGUUGUUGCUAUAAAGCAGCUCAACAGGGAUGGUAAUCAGGGAAACAAGGAGUUUCUGGUGGAGGUCCUCAUGCUCAGCUUACUGCACCACCAAAACCUUGUCAAUUUGGUUGGCUAUUGUGCUGAUGGAGACCAGCGCCUUCUUGUGUACGAGUACAUGCCCCUUGGAUCAUUGGAAGAUCAUUUGCAUGAUCUCCCUCCUGAGAAGGAACCUUUGGACUGGAACACUAGGAUGAAAAUCGCAGCAGGUGCUGCUAAGGGGCUGGAAUACCUUCAUGACAAGGCACAACCACCAGUUAUAUACAGAGACUUCAAGUCAUCAAAUAUUCUACUUUGUGAUGAUUUCCAUCCAAAGCUGUCAGAUUUUGGUCUUGCUAAAUUGGGCCCUGUUGGUGACAAGUCUCAUGUUUCUACGCGUGUGAUGGGAACAUACGGCUAUUGUGCUCCAGAAUAUGCUAUGACAGGGCAACUUACAGUCAAGUCAGAUGUCUACAGCUUCGGAGUUGUGUUGCUUGAGUUGAUUACUGGGCGUAAGGCCAUUGAUGGCACCAGAACGCAUGCAGAACAGAACCUCGUGUCAUGGGCACGCCCUCUUUUCAAUGACAGGCGGAAGCUCCCAAAGAUGGCUGAUCCAGGGCUGCAGGGACGAUAUCCCAUGCGUGGGCUCUACCAAGCCCUGGCGGUGGCGUCAAUGUGCAUUCAGUCAGAGGCUGCUUCGCGUCCAGUUAUCGCUGAUGUUGUGACUGCUCUUUCCUACCUGGCGUCCCAAAAAUAUGAUCCUAAUGCGGCCCAUGCCUCAAAAAAGGCAGGCGGCGAUCAGCGAAAUAGGGUUGGCGACAGCGGACGGGCGCUCCUGAAGAAUGACGAGGUAGGCAGCUCUGGUCACAAGUCAGAUAAGGAUGACUCCCCCAGGGAGCCGCCUCCUCCGGGGAUCUUGAGUGACAGGGAGCGGAUGGUGGCUGAGGCGAAGAUGUGGGGCGCGAACGUGCGGGAGAAGAAUCGUGCUGCUGCCAAUGCACAGGGGAGCCAGGAUUCUCCAACCGGAACCGGGUAGCGGCAAUUGUAAGGUCCAGCCUCGCAUAUUCUCUAUGUCGACCGUGCUUGCUGUCUGUUGGCAGGGACAGAAGAAUUGGGUGCUUUCCUGUUGAGUUAGAUGUACAUUUCUAGGGGCAAAACAAAACUAAAGAAGAGGGGGAGGAGAAUUGGGUGGCUUUGUACUGGAUAUGGUCGUACCUGUAAAUUCUCGGAAAAUUUUGCGACGUUGGAGGACAUAUCUGGACUCAGUCUGUUGUCCUUGUUCCUUUUUUUUCUUCUUA